AUCUCGAUAUUUUCGUUAACUCACCCGUUUUUCUUCCUUUUAUAACAUAACUCGACUACCACGAAUACUACCGCACUUCGAAUGCAGUAGUAAGCUUAAAUCUUGUAGAAUUAAGCUCGCAGGACGGAGAUCUCCCAUCUUGAGGAAAUUGCUCUUGGUGACCACCACAAGUACUACCACGCUGAGAUUACUUCGUUUGGUCGAAAACGAUCAAGAUUUGCCAGAGUUAUUGGUAAAAAGGACUUGGAAUUAUUUUCAGAAGUGAUAACCUGUCCUCUCUCUUUACCUUCCUUUUUCUCCUCCAUACCUAGCCUUCUCUACAACCGAAACCUAACAAACAAUACGGUCAUAACUCUACCAACGAUUCGACGAAUAACCAUGCCAUCUCAAAACCGCCCCCCCGGCGGAAAGCACACUCCUGGCAGAAAGCGCCCCCCAGCCAGGAAACGGUCUACGAAUUCGAGAAAGCCUGUAAGGAAGACGAAGACUGGCGCAUACUUCAAACGUCCUGGCAUGUCUGUGCUUCGAGAGAUCAAGCAGUUGGCAAAAUCAACCGAACUGCUGAUUCCGAAAUUGCCAUUUGCUCGACUUGUGCGCGAGAUCUCAGGUGACUUCAAUUACGAUGGAGGGUAUCGUUUCCAGAGGUCUGCGCUCGAGGCGCUCCAAGAAGCAUCAGAAGCAUACCUUGUAAAGCUUUUUGAGAAUUCCAACCUCUGUGCCAUCCAUGCCAAGCGCGUAACUCUCCAGGCGAAGGAUAUCGAGCUGGUGGAAAGGUUGUGCGACGGGUCUUUCAUUUCGGUUAGGAAGCACGCUCGAAAGUAAAACGUGAAGUUAUGGCUUAACGUAUAUCAUGAGUUAUGGGUGUCAAUGGAUGGCGUUUUUAUAAUUCUCCAAUUUGUCAGUUAAGGCGAAUAACAAGUCGCAGGUUUGGGUAUACGAUGGGUGAGUGAGCAUCGUAUACUCUUAGAUUAAUGAUCCUGCUUAAUGCGCCGGAUAAACUUCUAUAGCCAGAAUUAAAUAGAAAGCUU